UUAUUCACGCUUCCGGUUUUCACACGGACUGUAGUAUGUGACGCACCAGUAAGCUGUCAAAAACCAAAACUUAAAAAUGCGAUUUUUGCGUAUAUUUGCAAAUAUUUGAAACUCUGGAAGAAGAUCGAUUACAAGAAGUAAAUGCAUCGCAUACUAUCUUAAUCAUCACUAAUUUCCAUAAGUGUAAUCGAGUUUUUUUUUUUUUAACAAGGAUGGAGCGAUUUGAGGUUUAUAUCUUCACAGCUCUGUGCAGCAUUAACUUUCUCAUAUCCUGCCUUCUGUUCUCCAAAAUCACACGGGAGCAGAGAGAUCCGUACAUGGAUGAGAUUUUCCAUGUACCUCAAGCGCAAAAGUACUGUGAUGGGAAGUUUAAUGAGUGGGAUCCGAUGAUUACCACUCUUCCUGGGUUGUAUCUGGCAUCAGUGGGUCUGAUCAGGCCGGUGGUUUGGCUGUCGGAUAUGAAGGGAAGGGUGGUUUGCUCUACUGCCAUGCUGAGAUUCAUCAAUCUGCUCUUUAAUAGUGGGAAUCUGUACAUCAUUUAUCUGAUCAUCUGCAGACUGCACAUGAAAGAUAAGUCCCGUUCUGCCUCUCGUAGAAUGUUCUCUGCCCUGGUUCUGUCCACAUUCCCUGUGCUGUACUUCUUCACGUUCCUGUAUUACACUGAUGCUGGCUCCACAUUCUUCACCCUCUUCAUGUACCUCAUGGCACUGUACAGCUGCCACAAAGCGGCGGCGCUUCUCGGUGUCUGUGCCGUCCUCUUCCGCCAGACGAACAUCAUCUGGGUGGCGUUCUGUGCUGGCACUGUGGUGGCCCAAAAAAUGGACGAGGCCUGGCGAACUGAACAGUCGAAGAAGCGAGAUGAAAAAUCACCCUCUCAGGUCCCUCUAACCAUCAAUGGGGUGAUGAGAGUGAUACGUUUUCUGUUGGAAUUCCUCAAAACACCCAACAAUAUAAAAGCAGUGUUCUUGUCGACAUGGUCGUACAUUGCCGUAGCUGUUGCUUUUGUGGUUUUUAUAGUGUUGAAUGAUGGAAUUGUGGUUGGAGAUCGUAGUAGUCACGAAGCAUGUCUGAACUUCCCUCAGGUUUUCUAUUUCCUCUCAUUUACUCUCAUAUUUUCUUUUCCUACCUCAAUGAGUUACCAAAGGGUAGUCAGGUUUCUACAGUCUUUACGAAAGCAACCCUUAAUGUAUGCCAUUCUGACAAUGUCCUUCCUGUUUUUAGUCUGGAAAUUUACAUAUGUUCACAAAUACCUGCUCGCAGACAACCGACACUUUCCAUUUUAUGUAUGGAAAAGGAUUUUCCAGAGACAUGACCUUGUCCGUUUCCUUUUAGGCCCUGGAUAUGUCUUUGCAACAUGGAACUUUCUAGAUACUUUGAGGUCCAAAUCACUGUUCUGGUGUCUGGUGUUCUGCACUUGUCUCGUGGCGGCAACCGUUCCGCAGAAACUCCUGGAGUUUCGAUAUUUCAUCCUCCCGUAUCUGUUUUAUCGCGUUCACGUCCCUCUGCCAUCUUUACCCAGACUGCUGCUUGAGUUUAGCUUCUAUACUGCAGUUAAUGCAGCUACAGUUUAUAUAUUCAUCUAUAAAACAUUUCAGUGGCCCGACAGUACGGCUGCGCAGAGAUUCAUGUGGUGACUUGACCUGAAUAAUGAAUUAAAGCUGAUAUUUUCACAUUUGUUUUAGUUUACUUUGUAUACUAUACAUAAUACAUACAAUAUAUAAAUAAAUGCAGAGUAGUGUUGGAUGAAACCAUCCUUCUGACCAACCCAUUCGGAAUUUAGUUUUGCUGUAAUUUCACCUCAUAUGAAGUACAAGCAUAUGCAGUGUUUACACUUGUCAUUCAUAUUGUGUUUGUUUUAAAUCCUGUUUGAGUUAAUUGAAUUAGAAUAAUCAUUAUGAUGGCCAUUGUUAAUUGAUAUUGUUGUGUAAUUUUGUAUUACCAUAUGUUUUUCUUUUUUCUUAUUUUAUUAUCAAACCUUGUUUUUUUUUUAAUUUUUUUAUGGUAGACAUCAGUUUUCUCUUGUUAUUUCAAAUUUUUCACUGUAAUAGGUUGAUUUCUGUGUUUUCCAAGUUCUUUUGUUGGUCUUUCCUCUCAUUCUUUUUUGGGGUAUUAAAUUUGUUUUUAUACGGAAA